UCUGAGUAGCAAAUGCGUGUCGACUGUUAGUGUUAGUUUGUGUGGCCAGGUUAGAAAUCGAUCACGGAAGCGUUGAAACGUGGACAGCAGUACAUGAAUUAUGUUUUCAUUCUGGGAAACUUAAUGUUUUGAUCUUUGGAUAUGUUAUUUUCAAACGAUGAGUAUGGUGACGCGAACUGUUCUUCCCUUGUGUGUUUGUGUUGUGACAAUCGCUGUUCUGUCUCCCUUUUAUUGUCAUGUCGUAAAAACAGCAUCGCCGGAACAGAAACCAACAGACACGUGCCUACCAGAUGACAAGCAAUGUCACAACACUAACAGUAAAGAUGAAAGUCUGUCUGACGAAUUCGCAGCCAUCCAACAAAUCCACCACCUCAUAGACGAUGACCAGAAUGGAAAUGUUGAUCCUUCAGAGAGUGACGAGUUUGCCCAUGAAUUCAUAAACAAGUACAUGGAGAACGUACACUCAUCGCUGCUGUUUAUGAGGGAUGAACUACAGUACACAGAAGGAUUUGAGAGGCUGUCCAUCUUCCAUGGAAACGAUAAACUCAUCAGCACUGGAGACCUCUGGCAGGCCUGGAAAAAGUCUACAGUGUACAACUGGACCACAGAGGAUGUCCUUCAGUGGCUGGUCAAGCAUGUGGAACUGCCCAUCUAUGUUGAAACAUUUCGUACCAAGGCUGUUGAUGGACCAAUCCUACCAAGACUUGCUGUCACUAACAAGACCUACAUGGUAGAUGUUCUAGGGAUCAAAAAUGGUAUCCACCGACAGAAAAUCUCUGUGAAGGCCAUGGAUUUGGUUUUGUUUGGACCACCAAAAGAUAAACACAGGUUUGUACGAGACCUUGCCCUCAUCCUUUUGUUGUUCAUUGCCUUGGGAGGAGUAUGGUUCGCCCUAAAUCAGCACAGACUCGGCAAGAAAAAUGCCAUCAAGUUCAGAAAGAGACUCGAGGCUCUACAGAAGGCAGAAUUAUCCCUGUCAGAACUACAGGAAAAACUGUCAGCUGCAGAGGAACAACAAAGAAGUGGUUUGUCAAGUUAUCCAUCAGACAACAUGGACACUAUUUCAGAGGAUUCAGACAGUGUCAGGAGAGAACUUACUACAGAUGAAAAAUCUCGACUGAUACAAGCUGAAGAGGAACUGUCACAGGUCAGAGCUGCACUAAUACAGGCAGAAGAACGCAACAAAUGGACACCACCGCAUGAACUCCAGAUCUGGCUACAGCUAUCCUAUGAAAUGGAGAGUGCCUACUUUCUGUUGAAAAAGAAAGAUGCAUAUAAGCGAGUCCAAAUCGUGAAAGAGGCAUGUGAUAAGAUGAAGAAAAAGCGAUCUGCCAUAUUUGGAUCAUUUCGAAUCGCUACGGACCAUACUAUGGAGGAAUCAGAUCACAAUAUCCACGAGGCCAAAGAAGCGUUAGAAGAUGUGAAUAGAAUAUUUAAAGAAAAGAGACAUCGAUGGCUAAGAAUAGAGAAGCUAUGUGACUUAUCUAUUAUCAACAACCCAGGGAAGGAUGCACUUCGUCGGAUAACUCAGAGAAAUACAGGUGUCGUCACAUCUUCCAACUACAGACUACCACCACUACCACCACACAUUCCUGCUAUGGAUGUUGGCGACCUGGAACUUGAUGAGGAUCUUCCUCCAGGAUAUCCAGGCCCAGCGCUAUUUUAUCGCUCGUCACUUGCUAACGGCCUUCCUAGACCAUCAACGUACUCAGGAUACCCACCUGUUACGUUACGACAGAGACCUCGAGACCUGGGCCCAGGGGGCGUAAAACCACGCCCCACAACCCCUGUACAGGCUCCAAUAACCGCCCACGCCAAGUCACCUGAUCGAUCAGUAACCUCCAGUGAGAGGUCCACAUCUGUACAAGAAUCGACCAGCCCAGAAGACGACAGGCCUGUUUUUUCUCUCGGAGAAAAUACCCCAGAGUCUCCAUGCAGCCUCCCUGGGUCAAUAGGGCUGCCCCAGCAAAACGGAAACAGUUUGGUUGGUCAGUCAACCAUUAACCCGCUCCAUAACUCACAUUCCUGUUUUAUCAACGGUAAGAAGACAACUGUACAUAAUAACCGUGAUAGCAUGGGCAACAGUAGUCUCCCUUUAAUGGAUGAGGAUGAUUCUCAAAGUAUUCAGGUGACACGGAGUCACUCGGAGGCGAGUCUGCUAAAACAUAAAGUGAACUUGAUUUCUCAGGAUGCUCAGAGUAUCACCAGUACGGACUCAGGAAGUGUCUUUGAGAAUGGCAAGGUCAAGUCGAAGAAAAGCAAGUUAUUUAAAUCUAUAUUCCGUGGUGGUAAAUCGAAAGAAAAGCAAAAGUCUUCAUGAUAAAUGUUUGACACCAUAUUUUUUUUCUUUCUGUAUAUUUUGAUUACUAAACAUUCACAAAAUCAUUUGUUAGAGAAAGCUGAGAUUCUGUGAUAGGGGUUAAAUUGUUCAUAUUUAACAAGGAACCCAGUAUUGAGAAACUUAAGUUGAAGUUGGUGAUAUAUCAUCAACGAGUUAUCGGCCUUGACAGAGUGGCAUUAUGUUAUUGUAAAAAUAUUUAAAAGAUGAUUUUGCUCCCUACACUGGAGGGGUCAUGUGACAUUUGUUAUGUUUUUCAUCACUACCUUAAGAAUUUCAUAUUUUUAAUGUGCUUUAAGUUCCAACAUUUUGUAAUACCACAUUGUCAUACUGUUGUAUGUUGUCCAUUAGAUUAUUUUAGUUGUUUUGAUGUUCACAUGUUUGUUUAACAAGUUUUGUAGCUAGCCUGUGCUGUGUGUAACAUGCUGUGGAACCUCAUUAAAUCAAUAUCGUUAUCAUGGUCAUCUCAUCAACUCAAUAUUACAGGUUCCUUCUCCCAGAAGAUUUGUUAUGAUAAAAUGAUGCUAAGAGUCAACUACAUUAUAUUUAAAGUUCUUUGGUUUUUUUCAUGUUAAAACUUGCUGCUAUUGUUCUUUUUGAAUUUCAAAUAAAUAGCAGAAUAUUUAUUCAUAAAAUUGUAUACAAAUUGAAUUUAUAUGGAUAUAUAAAUAACAUCAUUUCAUUAAUUCAAAUCUUAAUAAUUUUAUGUUUUGGAAGAGCAAUCACAAAAAUCAAUCUAACUUUAUAUCAGAACUAACUACAAUUCUUGUUUCCUUCAGGUCUAUACAUAUAGAUUCAGAUUUUUUUCCUGAUGACCAUAUAUGGUCAUAUUGAUUAACUAGGUUCCAUUGCUCUAAUUUGCUGACUGUUAGAAAUAAGAUAAUUACUUUUGAUAUCAAAUUAUUUAGUUUAAUGAUAUUUCUUAAUGAAAUGUAAAUGUUUUGCAUCCAAUAGUUAGUUUAAUGAUAUUUCUUAAUGAAAUGUAAAUGUUUUGCAUCCAAUGCAAUGGUGUAUAUAUUAAACGUUUUUUCAGGAUGUUGUGAAUUUGUGUUUAAAGUGAUGUCUUGGUACAGCUGUAAUAACUGACCACCAUCUUGCCAUUACAUCUGUAUGUCCAAGUGCUUAUUUCCAUGUGAAGAAAUCAAUAGAGCUGAACUUUAAAUACAACAUAUCAUAAAAAUAUAAAUCACUUUAGAAUUUUAUAAAAACAAAUCAUAUUCAGGAUUGUGUGUCAAAUGCACUUUGUGAAAGUGAAUUGAUGAAAGGAAGAAUGUCUGUUGUUUGAAUGUAUAGUGUACUUUUUCAAUUCAAUGAAUUUGGAUAUAUUCAAAAAAAAAAACUACAUGAAAAAAGUUUUGCUUUUACAUACCAGGUACUCUAAAAAUAUGUUAGCUAUGUUAUGAUAUAAAAAUAUGUUAGCUAUGUUAUGAUAAUACAAAUUACCUUCACAUAACACAGACUACAGAAGUUCCUUUUUUAUUCUGUGACCUAGGCAAUGUAAUAUGAUUUUAAUGAAAAUUCUCAGAAAUUCUUUAUUGGAGGAUUGGUUCUUAACGAUGCAAUGUUAUGGUGCAAAUGAGCUCAGCAUUGAGUGAUACUGCUGAAUCUUAGCCAUAGUUUGAACAACGAGUACUGGUAUUCUGUUGAAUCACUAUAAGUUUGAUGUACCUCUGUAUCUGGAGUAAUGUUUUGAGCUAAAGAAAUCCUGCUUUUCUAUUGAACUAAAAUUCAUAUGUAAAAAUAUUGGGUUUUCUGUGUUGUUGUGUUUUUUUGGAACAAACUAUCCAAUAGCUACAAAAUUGCAAGUACAUUUAAUCUGAAUUUUGGGAAUUUUUCAACUGGUGAAAUUUUUGCAUUGAAAAAUAUAAGAAACUAAGAAUUACAUUUUAUAAUGUUCCAGAAAUAGACAUACGAUUUUUAAUGUAUGUUGAGAGGUUUAAUCAUCCACUUCUACAUUGUUUUAUUGAUCACACUAGAAGUCAAGGCCACCAUUUUGGGAUUUUCUUCUUUAUUUGUGUAUAAAGUUUAAUUUUUGCAAUAUUCUGACUCCAGACUUUGAGGUUAUUUAUUGAGAUAAUAUUGUACUUUUGUUAGAUUGUAACCUAUAACCUUUGUAAAUGACCUUUCAACUCAAGGUCACAGAGAUGAAUCUCCUUGUAACAGUGCAAUCAUAUUUUGAUUUAAUACCCAUGUAAAAAAAAAGCAGAAAAAAAUAAAUAAACCAAAAAUAAAGUCUUUUUCCAGAAUAGAAAAUGAUCAAAAGUAAAUAAAAGUUAUGUUGAAAAUUGCACUUGAAGAUAUGAGCAUUUAAUUGAAAUAUAUCUAAGUGCAAAUAUAUAUCUAAUCUUGCAGAUUAAUUCAAAUUUUAAGUUACAGUUAGACCUAUAAUGCUGUAUCUAGCAAGGCAUUUAAAAGUUUGUGUAAAAAUGUAAACAAAAAUUCACCAAUCAGAAGGUGUAUACAUAAGGGCUUAAAUAUAUAUGGGCCUAUGUUUUACAGCUCUGCGUGUUUCUUAAUUCAUUCCUGGUAUAUUUACUGGACACUGAGAAUUUAAUUCCAGUAGACAUACAUAUAUAUUUAUUCAUUGCAGUGUUGUCUUCACUGCCUUAUAAUCAGCUUGUAUCAGUUACGUUGGUGUAAAUUUUAAAUACUAUAAACAAAAAUUGUCAGAAAAAAUCUCACAACCUCACAAACAUUAAACAAGUAGACAAGAAGAAGGUAGAACCUGUUUGUGACUUUUCACAUUUAUAUGUAUGUAACAAUUCAUUCAGGAGAUUUUUAUUUCUUUUCUAAUUUAAUUUUUACUGUUUAAUGUCCAUCAUUAUCCAUUAUCCAUUCAUCAGACACUAUUGAUGAUUAACCUAGCGACAUUAACAUCACUAUAGUUACUGAAUGUAAAUAAAUAAAUAAUGAGUGUCCAUUUUAUUAACCAAUCAAAGUGGCUGCUUUGCUUGACAACUGAUGAUAAUAAUUAAUUUGCCUGAUUUGGUCCAUUUCUGUUCAGGCUAAGGAAUAUCUAACCAGUCAUUAGUGGUUAGUCUAUCAGGAAGCUUACAGACAAAGUAUAAUUGAUACAUAAACAACUAUUUACUAUACACCAACAUAAUACUGACUAUUGUCAGUAAGACAAAUCCUAGUAAUAGGUGGAGUGAUAUAGGCGGUAAAAUCCAUUACAAUUGAUACAUCAACUGAACACUGACUAUUGUCAGCAAGACAAAACCUAGUAAUAGGUGGAGUCAUUUAGGUGGUAAAAUCCAUUACAAUCGAUACACCAACUGAACACUAUCGUCAGUGAGACAAAACCUAGUAAUAGGUGGAGUCAUGUAGGCGGUAAACCUGUUACUAUAUGUACACCAACUGAACACUAUCGUCGGUGAGACAAAACCUAGCAAUAGGUGGAGUCAUGUAGGCGGUAAACCUGUUACUAUAUGUACACCAACUGAACACUAUCGUCGGUGAGACAAAACCUAGCAAUAGGUGGAGUCAUGUAGGCGGUAAACCUGUUACUAUAUGUACACCAACUGAACACUAUCGUCGGUGAGACAAAACCUAGCAAUAGGUGGAGUCAUGUAGGCGGUAAACCUGUUACUAUAUGUACACCAACUGAACACUAUCGUCGGUGAGACAAAACCUAGCAAUAGGUGGAGUCAUGUAGGCGGUAAACCUGUUACUAUAUGUACACCAACUGAACACUAUCGUCGGUGAGACAAAACCAAGCAAUAGGUGGAGUCAUGUAGGCGGUAAACCUGUUACUAUAUGUACACCAACUGAACACUAUCGUCAGUGAGACAAAACCUAGCAAUAGGUGGAGUCAUGUAGGCGGUAAACCUGUUACUAUAUGUACACCAACUGAACACUAUCGUCGGUGAGACAAAACCUAGCAAUUGGUGGAGUCAUGUAGGCGGUAAACCUGUUACUAUAUGUACACCAACUGAACACUCUUAUCGUCAGCGCGACAAAACCAAGUAAUAGGUGGAGUCAUAUAGGAGAUAAACCAGUAACUAACUAAUGCUGAAAGAACACUGACUUUAGUCGGUGAGACCAAACCUAGCUAUAGGUUAACCCAUUACUAAUCCACUAUGGUGAAGGGCUAAGCACUGUUAUGUAGGUUUAGCACCUAUUUAUGUUUACCUGUGUUGUCUCACCUGUAGAUUUUAAUUGGGUCAAUGCCACAGUCUUUGUUAUUGUUACUGUAUAUUGUACAGUAUCUUUGUUCCAAGAUUUUUUUUCAUUUAGUUUUGUGAAAAUGAGAAGAGAACAACUUCUUAACCUCAUCAUUGUUUUGUUGUUUCAUGUAAAAAUCAUUUAUAAAUAAAUAAAAAUAAAACACCAAAUUUACUGGUAUAAAAAGGAAUUGAUGGACAAAGAAUUUUUUAUAAGGUAGACAGUAGUUCUUUUAUCUUCAAAUGUUAUUAUAUUUGUAUUCCAAGCUUUAAUUGAAACUCUAGUCCAGUCUCUGUAACUAUAAAUAGACAAUGCUUAUAGUGUCUUGAACACCUAACAGUAAAACUGUAGCUAAUUUAGGCAGUUAUAUUUGUUUUCUCUCAAAAUGUUUGGAUCUCUGUUUUUACAUUUAUGCAAUAAAUACCUCAUUCAUCCUUUGCAGGCUUCAGUUACAAAAAAUACCAUAUAUUUUCAUCUAGUAUGUCAAAACAUAAUCUAAAUCCUUAAUAUUUGAUUUUUUUUUUGUAAUUGUUGUAAUUAAAUGAUUUCAUAUUUCCUGUAUUUUUUCAAAAACUUCAUUAUCAUGUGAAAAGCCAAAAUAAUUAAAUCAAUUUAUUAUUCCCAGAUCCAUGUGAAGUGUUGAGGUAGCUCUGAUUUCUUUAUUAUGUUGCCAAUUUCUAUACAUUUUAUUUUUUGCAAUAGUAGAAUAUGUGUUCUGUCAAUAAUAUCUUUAUCAUAUCUAUGGCUUUGUUUUGUCGAUAGAAAUUUAUUUUUUGAAACGUUUUCCACAUAUCAAUAGGAUUCCCUCUGUCAUACAUUCCCCAUCUUUUUAACGAAGAGGUUUGGUGAUAUUAUCUCCGAGUUAUCUCCCUUUGACUGUCAUUAACAGGGAAGAUUUUAAACGCGAUUUUUUUGGAUCGGAUUUCAGAAAGUUCCUUAUAUUUCCGACUGUAAAUCCCUUUUUAAGUUACCGGUACCCACACACAUAGAGCAGUUACUCUCAUUUGUUUAUUUUCUGUCUGUCUAUUGUUAUAAAACCUUUAUGUGCAAAGUUAUUCCACACUAGUGCACAUAUAUAAGAGUAUACAGCAUGUAUUGUUCCUUGUAGUUCAACCUGUUUAUAAGCUCAAUGCUUUCAAAUUAUGCAAAGAAAAAAUCAUGUUCGUACAACAUUAGGAAUGAUAAAGUUUCCUGGGAGGAAAUGAGAAUGUGGAAACUCCAGCCGUUCUCUGUCGUUAAUGCUAUUUAUUAAUUUUUCAGAAAUGUGAAAUUGUUGCUGUAAAUAAAACAGGGAAAUGUUUACAAAA